CCUGCUAGCUGGCCGACGACUCUCCGCAUCCCUGAGUGUGAUUUCACAUGCGUGCGGAGUGUUUCCUUGGAUUUGAUGAAAGCCAAUAAUGACCCAUGCCCAUCGACUGUGAGAGGCCGUUGCUGAUUUGGGGUCUUUGACUGUCUUUUAAAGCAUUUAAAGUCAUCUUUAGUACGAGCUGCAGCGGGUCAGUGCAGGUUACGCUUCGUUGGCUCCCUUGUUUACACGUUAGCCAGAGGUAGCUAGCACUCACUGAAACACUGUCAUUAUGUCUGUUUUUUGUUGCUAGCUACAAGUUAAUUGUGUUUAUGUUGUUGUAAUAUCCAAACUGAGUCUCUGCAUUGAACCGCAUAGCUUGUCAUCACUGUAUGUAAUAGUAGCCAAACCUUACAAGAUAGAGCAGAUUAACACCUUAACUUAAGUGAGAUCGUUUGAAAAAACACCUCACAGGUUAAUUAUCAAGAGUUAUUCAGUCAUAAGGUGUGUCAAAGUUAAAUGGCGUAGCUGCUUAGCAUGGCAAAAUCUGAUGGCAGUUCACGGAUGCCAGAGCAGAGGAGUGUACAGUGGUAGCAGCCACAUCGUCCCUCAGCUGCCUCUGGUGGCCAACCAUCGAAGAAAACUGCGGUGUCAAUCAGUAGUUGACAUUAAAACAUCGUCCCUGGAACAAAGGGCAAUGGAGUCUGUACGGGGUGCUUUCCAUGCUCAGCUGGCCACCGUCAUGGACUCACUGCUGGCAGCCGCUGUGUGCGAGAUCGCCAAGAUCUUUGAGAGCAGCCUGUGUGAGCAGCAGGCGGAGCUGGCGCAGAAAACACAGGAGAUCUCCAUCCUCCGCGGCAGGCUGGAGAAAGUGGAGAGGAGGCAAAGGGCGAAGGGGGGAGGGAUCGAGGAAGUGGAGAUGUCAACAGGAGACAGAGAGGACAGCUUGAGACAGAAGACAGGUAAUGCAGCCGACAUGGUCUUUAACCUUGGAAAGGAUUUGUCUCCUCAUUUAGACCCAGCAGCAGGACUCAGUCACGGUCUAAGCAGUCUGAAAGAGGAGGGCACAGGCCAAGAUGGAGCUUCAGUAAAACAUGAGCGUGCUGGAUCCCGACCUACUGUGGAGUCUGUCGCAGUCCAAGCCCCAGAGGGAAGCCUUGUUGCUGAGCACCAGAGGCAGAUAGAUCCUCUGUCUGCCACACAAGCUAAGGCCAAAUUGUCUCAUUGGGAUCAAGGCAGUCGAAGUGCAGACCACCGAUCCCUCCAGGAUCAAGCUUCCACACCUUUUCUCUCCAUCUCCCAGAGUGGACGCUGCUCCCCGAGGCCUGACCCAAGCCUAGCUCAGCCAGGAGAGUGGUUACCAGGGUUAGAUGCUUCUAGAGGUGGGGUGCCUGGUUUGGAAAACUUGCAGGCAGAUGGCACCAGCUGCUCUGGUCCAGCCAGCAGCAGCACCGGCACAGACACACCCUGCUUCCGACCUGGAUUUGGCUCUGACGAGACCAGCAAUGAAGAUGACGAUAGCUCUUUCCCUUUCCUGGACCAGGAGCCUGAGAACCAGAGCUCCAAUCAGAACUCGGUACAGGGUCAGGGUGUGGGGCAAAGGGAGGCUCAGCAGGAUCAGCCACAGGCUCCCUCUAGUGAGUCACCAUGGAGACCCAGAGAAGACAGGGGUGGGAGAGGCCCCAUUAAUCACACAAGGCGGGUCUCAACUUUUGGCAGCAGAGACCCUCUCAGACCGCAGUCCAAUUCACAGUCACUCACACUACGACACGCAAACAAUCUCAGCCACCCGCCAGCUCCCAGCGGAGGGAACGGACGACCUUACACCUGUCCAUAUUGCACCAAGUGUUUCACCUACCCCUCCCACCAGCGCAGACACCUUUUACGCCACACAGGAGUCAGACUGCAUCCCUGUCAGUUCUGUGACAAGAGCUUCCUCACCCCCUCUGAGCUUACUGUUCACACUCGCACACACACAGGUGAGCGGCCUUUUGGCUGCACACAGUGCGGUAAACGUUUUGCCCGCAGCGGGAACUUGAGAGCCCACCAACGGGAUGUUCACAUGGGGAAGAGGCCCUUUGCUUGCACAGAGUGUGGGAAGAGGUUUGCCCACAGGGGGAACCUUAGGGUGCACAAUCACAGAGUCCACCAAGGAGAUCCCUACUACAUGGAUGAUCAGCAGGAGCCAGACAUCGGCCCUAACCCUAUUUAAGGACAUUUUGUUUAAAUAAUGGUCAUGCACUUAAUAAACCCAAGGAACUUGUUUCAGGGUUGGCUAUUGUGUCCCACUGGACCCUAUUACUGAAUACUUUGAACAAUUGGGAAAUAUUUAAUGUUUCUGAUAUGUUUUCAAGAUUUGAUGU